ACGUCCGAAUGUGCGUCUUGCGUCACGCCGGUGGCCGUCGCUCGAGAAGCAGCGUCAAACUCUCCGCUCCACAAACAGCACAUUAUUUGUGUUUGUAAAGUUUAAAAAUGACGGUGUGUAACUUCUUUCUUCAAGGUCGCUGUAGAUACGGAGAAAAGUGCUGGAAUGAACAUCCGAGAGGCGAAAGAGGAGGAGAUUACAGAGGAACCCAGCAGCCGAGCAGAGGAGGUCAAACAAACACACACGUAUUACACGUUAUAUAUUUAACAACGUUAUGUUUUUGUGAGCAAAAUAGAAUCCAGAUACAGCCUGAUUCAACCGAGUGUGUCUUACAAAACAAGUACCAUGGUAUAACCAGAGUAAUCCAUCGUUAUCGGCUUUUGCAAAUGAACUCUUCUGAUGCACUGCGCUUUGUCUCACUGUUGCAUGCUUGCUUUUAUUUCAGGGAUACUAUCCAGAAAGACAUGGAGAUCUGGCAGACUUCGGGUCAGUGGCCGUUUUCCUGUUAUUCUGUCCUCCCCGGCAAGCUUUCAGGGUUUGUCGAGGUGUCUCCUGAGGAGCUGAGGCUGGAGUAUUACACUGGCCGAGCAUCUGGUGAUUUACAGGCUUACAUGAACUCUGUUCAGCAGCUGGCAGACCAAUGGAGGAGCAGAGUUCAGGAGCUGCGGACCAUGAGCAGCUCCACUCGGAUCAGUGUGAUCUCCGAGCUCAAUGACCCCAGUUCCCAAACAUCAACACAUGAGUUCGGCUCCUCUGCAUCAGGGUUUGGAACCACAUCUUCAUCUUCAUCAUCUGGCUUUGGAGCAGGAGGGUUUGGUCCAGGCUCUCAGAGCAGUAGCAGUUUCAGCUUCGCCCCAUCCAAAACUGGCUUUGGAGCGACAAAUACCCAGCAUGCCUCUGGUUUUGGCAGUGGCGCGUUCGCUCAGCCCCCGUCAGGUUUCAGUGCUCCUGCUGCGUCUGCGUCCUCCUUUUCUUUCGCAGGACCAGCCGCAGACGACAAAUCCAGCGCUGCAGCAGCGUCCAGCUCUGUGUCUGCGUUCAGCUUCAAGCCGUCUCCAGGAGGGUCCCCGGCACCGGCUGACGGCGGUGGCUUCGGUCAGAGCAGCACUAGAGCUGCAGACACUGGUCUGUUCUCGGCCCACAGUGACCUGACGGCAGAAGAACUGAAGGAGUUCACAGCUAAACGCUUCACGCUGGGACAGAUCCCUCUCAAACCGCCUCCUGCUGACCUCCUCGUGGUCUAAUGCGGACUCUGGGGGUUUGUCUGUUUAAUGCAAUAUUAUUAAACGUGUUUAUAGACCAAGAGAGAGUGUGUGUCUUUGUUUUAAGAGACUU